CAUGUGCUACGUCACAUAGAGUUGAUGCGUUGCUUAGCGACCAGGGCAGCGUGUGUCGUUGUAGCCCUGGUAACGGACAUAAACAAUUGGACACCGCUGACGUGACACACUGGUCGCUCCUCACCUUCUUGGCCUGAGUAACAUCUCACCUUCCUUACCGCAUAGUGCCGAAUAUGGUGGUAGUGAGCAGCAGCAAUAAGCCGCCAGCGCAGAACGAGCUCUCCAGGACCAAGGACAAGACAUCAGCCUCCUCCGAAGGAUUCACCGUUAAAGCUAUGAUGAAGAAUUCAAUAGUGAGAGGCCCCCCAGCAGCAGGCGCAUUCAAAGAACGACCUGCUAAGCCCACAGCUUUUCGCAAGUUUUAUGAGCGAGGAGACUUCCCAAUCGCCCUUGAGCAUGAUACGAAAGGAAACAAAAUAGCCUGGAAGGUGGAAAUUGAGAAACUGGACUACCAUCACUACUUGCCUCUGUUCUUUGACGGGCUUUGUGAAAUGACACAUCCUUAUGAGUUUUUUGCACGUCAAGGCGUCCAUGAUAUGUUAGAGCACGGAGGACCAAAGAUUCUACCUGUCAUUCCACAGCUUAUUAUACCUAUAAAAAAUGCUUUGAACAUUCGCAAUCGGCAAGUAAUCUGUACUACACUGAAAGUUCUCCAGCACCUGGUUGUUUCCUCGGAAAUGGUGGGUGAAGCUCUUGUGCCUUACUACCGCCAGAUUCUCCCCAUCCUCAACAUUUUCAAAAACAUCAAUGUGAACUCAGGGGACGGAAUUGACUACAGCCAGCAAAAACGUGAAAACAUCGGAGACUUGAUACAAGAAACAUUGGAAGCAUUUGAACGCCAUGGAGGAGAAGAUGCUUUCAUUAAUAUCAAAUACAUGGUCCCUACCUAUGAAUCCUGUUUGAUAAACUAAGUAAAAAAAAUAGCAUAUUUCAAUAAAGUGAAAUGCUUUUUUCUUUCUUUUGACAUUGCAUGCCCUGUUUUCUGUUAUUUAUGACUUACUUCACAGCUGUUAUAUUUGGAUCUUCUGGGCUAUUUCACUUAGUGCUAUUGUGAACGAGGCUAUCGAAUACAUAAACAGCGACUGUUUCUUGCAUUACAA